UAGAAACUGGCAAGCAUGUCGGAGAAGCGAAAUUCUGUAAUAUCUGUGAACUGUCAUAAUAAGAUUAUGUCUGAGAAAAUCGAAGUCGUCUUGAAGAAUUGUACUCAGCAUGGUGAGGGCCCCCACUGGGACGACACUACACAGUGCCUGUACUACGUGGACUAUUUCGUUGAUGUCGCCCACAGAUACAACCCAGCAACAGGUCAAGACAGCCGACUAAACCUUGGAGACUCUCUGGUGAGCGUCAUCAUCCCCCGCAAGAAGGGAGGCUUUGUGGUGAGUCAGAAGACAGACCUCGGCUUCGUGGACUCAUGGGAGAGUGGCAAGGUCACCAGCAUUGCGAAGGUCGAGGACGACGCCAAUAUGUUAAAUGACGGCAAAGUGGAUGCUUCCGGUAGACUCUGGAUUGGGUCUUGUUUCUGUGGCAAGGAUAUUCCUGACCUCAACACGUGGCCGAAGCUUCAGGGCUCAUUGUACAGCCUGGAUAGUGAUGGCAGCGUCACAAAACACAUCAGUAACAUCAGCAUUGGCAACGGCAUGGACUGGAAUGAAGAUAACAGCAUCAUGUACUUCGUCGACUCCAUCCCCAGGCAGGUCUGGGCCUUCGACUUUGACAUCACAGCUGGGGCCAUCAGCAACAAGAGAAUUGUGACCGAUUUCAGCAGAUUUUCUGAUAUCCCAGAUGUGGCUAUCCCGGACGGAAUGGCCAUUGAUACGGAAGGAAAAUUAUGGGUUGCCGCUUAUGAGGGUGGGAAAGUUCUCCGAAUCGACCCAACGACUGGAAACGUGAUCCGUACUGUCAAAUUCCCUUGUGCAAAGAUAACGUCGCUUUGUUUCGGAGGAAAGGACUUCACCGACCUCUACGUCACGUCAUCGUCUCUCACGUUGACCCCAGCAGGACUGUCGAAAACACCAUUGGAUGGCUCGCUCUUCAAGGUCACUGGGUUGGGAGUCCGAGGUUACAAAGCUAACAUGUUCUCUGGAUAAACGUCUCUCAGUUCAAUGCGUUUUUGAGAACACACGGAUUCCGGAUUAGCAAUUUUAAUUUUGCUUCCGUUUUAUGACCACUUCUCCUACUUUGAUAAAUACCCUCCUAAAAAACUGUGUUGGUGCAAGCAGUCUGAUCUUCUUUGUAAUCUUAUUGUAGAAUAUGCUACGAGUAUCAGGUCAUCUGCAAAAACAUAAUUGAGUAUAAUGUUAUACAUUUCCUCUGAUACCAAUCAUUGAUUUAUUUAAGUAUUAAGGCCUGAAUACAAUGAAAGUAUUUUGAACAUGUCUGCAACAGAAAUAUUUACAAUGAUGAAGAUCAGAGAGUGAAACAGAUGGCAAAUUUUAUGAAAUUUACUAGAUAUUUUAGAACGCCUACGUCAGAGCACCUCAUCAUUGUUAUCACACUAUUAUCAUAAGUAUGAACAUUGAAAAAUGUGAUUUGCUUCGAACGAUUUCGAUCCCGGGCAUGUCAAUACAAAAUGAAUGUCAUUUACAAUUACAGAUACUUGUACAUUUCAUCUAUCACAUAAAUACCAUCAACAAACGUCUGUGCAAAAUGUGUCACUAGAUCUUUGAUGAGCAGUGAAAAAGGAAUUGGGCUUAAAGUACAACCUUCGCGUAGACCUACUUCAGAAAUAUUUAGACAGUUUAAAUCCAUAAUGAAGUGCAACCACGGAUUUAACUUACUCAUGCACAAAAAGGGAAUAAAACUUUUUUUAAUGGCACAGUAAAAUUCCCAUGGUCUUCUUGUAUGUUUUAUAACCAGAGCUUGUAAAAUAUAAAUACUAUGAAUUAUGUAGUGAUUCUUUCUAAUAAACUCAUUGAUAUUCCACAAAAGGGUGUCCAGUCUAUU